AUGGGCUACCCGUGGCAACUCGACGAGGAGAGCCUCGAAUACAUUGAAGCUCUCACACCUGAGGAACAGCCAUUGGCGCUGCAAGCGAACAAUGACUUCAAUCAACAAUCACUCUUGAUCCCGUCUAUCUUCGUCUUCGUCAUCCUCGGCGGCUUUGCGCUGCUUGUCCUGGGCGCCGCAUUCCUCCGUCUCCUGAAUUGGUCGACUUCUGGUCGUCUCUACAAAUUGGCACCCAAAUUCGUUUCCAAACAAAUCGUCGAUGCGCCGCUCGUAUCAAGCCGACAUGCAUCGCCUGUCCCCAUGACUCCCGGUUUCGGCAAGUCGAAGACAGCACAAGGCAAAAUGCAUCCGCUCUCCAUCGCCUUGCCUUUGCGAGGGCAGACGGUCAUCUUGGCCCUGCUCGUCUUUCUCAACUUGCUCGGCAUCUGCGCUUUUUACAAGACGGAUGUCAACAACUACUACUGGCCCGGCGACACGUUCAUCCAGAGCUGCCGAUAUCUUUCUGACCGUGCCGGUGUCCUCAGUCUUGGGCAACUGCCUCUCGUCAUCUUGCUUUCGGGACGCAACUCACCGGUGCGCGCCCUGACCGGACAGGAUUUCACCACCGCGAUGAUGUACCACCGCUGGGUAGCCAGAAUCGUCGCCCUUCAGGCUGUCAUUCACUCUAUCGGCUACACUGUUUACUCCCUUCACUACGGCAAAGCAAACCUUGCCACAGCUUUCGCAGACCCUUACUGGCGGUGGGGAGUCGUGGCAACCGUAUUUAUGGCUGUGAUGAUCUUUCAGAGCAUUCGCAUGCUCCGAGAAGUCUGCUACGAAGCUUUCGUACUGAUCCACAUCGUCUUUGGCGUCCUCACGCUGGUCGGCACCUACUACCACAUCGCCCUCCUUGAAGCUUCGUCCUACAAGCUCUUCAUCGACUUCAUCUGGAUCUCGACUGCCUUCUGGGUCUUUGACCGCGUUGUACGUCUCCUCUUACUAGUGGUCAUCAACAUCGACGUCACUCGCGGUAGCGGCGCUUUCUUCACUCGCGGCACCAUCUCCCUUGCCAGUGGCUCUGGAGACAGCGACGAGGAUCUGUUGCGCGUACGCAUCUGGCCAUCCGGCCCAAUGCGCAAGCGCUUUGCGGCUCUUGCACCUGGAUCAGACAUCCUGCUUCACGUCCCAUUGCUCGAGCCCAUGACUUCACAUCCCUUCUCCGUCAUUGCUUCUGGCACCGACGCAAAGGGUCUCUAUGCUGACAUGCUUGUCCGCGUGCGCAAGGGCAUGACUCAAAGGGCUCAAAAGAAGCUCAGGAAGCUCAUCGUUUCCGAGGGACCUGCCGCCAGCUUCGAGACGCUGAUGUUCGUCGAAGGACCGUACUCCGCAAAGGUAGAGAUCUCUGAACAUGAUGGCGGUGCGCUCUUGGUGGCAGGUGGUGUCGGCAUUGCGCACACUCUGCCCAUUCUCUGCGAGUCGAUCAAAGCUGAAGCUGCUGGCAAUGGUGGCAAGACCCCAGGCGACGCUGGCGAAUCCAGCGGCGCUGCUGCACAACGCACUGUCGAGAUGCGCUGGAUGUGCAAGUCCGCUGCCACUUUCGAUGUUGCCCUGCCUUACCUGGAAGAAGCCGUGCUGCAGCUACGUGCUGCUCGCGCGAAUGGCACCGCGACGAAGCGCACGGCCUUCCGUGUUCAUCUCUGUCGUACAGAAAGCUCGAGCAAGGAGGACGUCUCUGAGAAGGACGCGGCAUCUAUAGACUCGCCAAGCGCCACCGAUGAGAAGGCAGCACCGACAGACGUGCCGGAGCUCGGCAAAGAGGUGCCUCACACGCAAAACUUGUCCUCUUCCACGCACGCGCGCUUCGACGCCCUCAAGCCCGAAAUCGACUUUCAAUGGUCUGUUGGAAGAACAGAGAUUGGGGAAGCGAUUUCGAGCAUCACGUCGGAAUCUCACUUGUUUGCGUCUGGACGAAAGCCAACGUUUUGCGUCGCUGCUUGUGGACCUCCAACGCUCCUGGAUGAUGCCAGAGCUGCCGCGCGCGCUGCCGACGUCGAAUAUGAGGGCGCACCUUUCGCUUGGUAG